AUGAGUCCUGUCUUCGGUUUCGCGUCCUAUAGUCUUCGUCAUCCUAGGGAUUUUUUCUCUAGCGUUGGACCUACACUGAACGAACUUACUUUCGGUGCCUUGGGGUCGUCGUUUGAUCCACAGAAGGAUAUUGGUGAUCUUACUGGGAAGGUUAUUUUUGUUACUGGGGGUAACAUUGGCCUUGGAAAAGAGGCCAUUAUCCAACUCGCCAAGCACAAUCCAUCCCGUAUAUACCUAGGCGCCCGCAACGCGACAAAAGCGCAAGAUGCCAUCACCUCGAUCCAAGAAACCGUCCCCGUCCCCGUGGACAUCAGACACAUCCCUCUCGAUUUGGCCUCGUUUAAAUCCAUCCGCAUGGCUGCAGAAAAUUUCAGCUCGGACAGUGAUCGAUUGGAUAUCCUGAUGCUGAAUGCAGGGACGAUGGGAAAUCCCCCGGAUACCACGGAGGAAGGGUUCGAGGUGCAGUUUGGAACAAACCAUGUCGGCCAUUUCCUGCUCACCAAGCUGCUUUUGCCCACGUUGCAGAAGACCGUCGCGAGUGCCAAUCCCGCGCCAGAUGUUAGAGUCGUGACGUUGAGUUCCGUGGGCCACAGCGCCGCUCCGUCGUUUGAUGUCAUGACAUCCACUCCUGCUCUUUUAGACGCAAGCACUUGGACUCGCUACGGUGCGUCCAAGGCAGCCAACAUUCUCUUUGCGGCGGAACUUGCGCGCCGGUAUCCAGAGAUCCUGUCUGUCGCAGUCCACCCAGGCGCCGUGUCCAGCAAUCUAUAUGAGCAUGCUAAGGCAUCGAACACGUUCACUAGAUCUGCUCUUGCAGCUAUGUCGCUUGGUUUCCGGAGUGUACGAACCGGGGCGAUGAAUCAGCUGUUUGCUGCUGGUGUGAAGAGGGAGGACUUAAUUAAUGGGGGUUACUACGUGCCGAUUGGGGUGCAUGCCAAGACACAGUAUGCAUCUGAUGAGGAACUGGGUAAGAAACUUUGGGAAUGGACUGAGAAGCAGAUUGAGGAGAAAUCCCAAUCGUGA